ACUCGUGGUACCCACAUCACCUUUACAAUGUGUGCGUGUUGAGUAAUGCCGGCAACCGUUUGAUGUUGAUCUAAUCAUUUCAUGACCAAAAAUAUAAAUGUGACGGCUUUAGAGCAAAGUGUUGUCUGUAGGAGGAGAAAGAUCGUCUGGCGCCAGACCUGUCAGUCAAGACAACGCUGGAAGCCAAAGCCAAGGUGGGUGCAACUCCGUUUGUUUCUCCGCCCUGGCGCCCUUACAACAACAAAGGGCGGAGCGCUCGCGGGGGGUGGGGUGAUCCUUGCAUGUUCAUAAUGACCUUGAUAAGUCGGCCUCUUUAAAGAUGACGCCCCGUUGCCCGGGUGACAAAAGUUUUCGUUUGAAGUCCCAUAAUCGUUUGGAAUGGAUGAGGGUGACCGCAGGGAGGAGGGGCAUUGUCUUAAUCAGGUAAACUGUUAUGAAGCCCGACAUUUAGCGCCCUGGUUCUAGAUAAAAAAGGCAGCCGACUUCUUUGAACAACAAUCAUUUCGAAUUUACGUGAUAAAACAAUUAGUCCAAUUCUAAAACCACACGUAUAGCUGCCAGGUUCCAUUCAGACAUUUGCCAUCGUACAGAACGCAUCUCCUAUCUGAUCUCAGUCAACGCCAGAAUACUUUCUACUAAAAUUCUGGGAGGUACUGUACACUAAGAGUCCAGAUGGCACGGAAUCACCUCUUCUCUAUCGAGAGGCUGGGCACAGAGUAGCCGGGUCCCGGAGAAGGAGGACACGGCUUGUGACCGCGAGGUGGCCCGUAUAACCUCCUCCAGCUCGCCGGUUCAAGUUCGGCGCCACGUCCCCGUCUUGCCGCAGCCGACACAACCGUCCUACUACCAAAGGACACGCGCGAUGAAGAAGCCAAGUUCCCGCACACCGGUGACGACCAAAGAAAACUUCACUUCCCCGGUCAUCUCGCCUGACUCCCGCCGGACAGGACAGACCAUGUGCCGGGCAGUUCCCGCCGACUCCACGUCAGAACAAACGUCAGACGGAGACAACACCAGCGAUAUUGAAAAUGAACGAUACUCCCCGGACACCCCGGGUAGCGACUCCCCGGGCCCAGACCGUGUUCCCUCCCGGGAGAACAAGAAGCUGCGCACGGCGUUCUCCAGCCACCAGGUCCAUGAGCUGGAGACUCGGUUCAGCACGCAGAAGUACCUGUCUGCCUCUGACAGGGAGGAGCUGGCCCAUGCACUGGAUCUCACAGACGCACAGGUAAAGACGUGGUUCCAGAACCGCCGGAUGAAGUGGAAGCGGCAGGUCCAGGACGCCGAGAGCGAGGCUCGACGGUUCGGCAUGUUCGGUCCCCACCACCCUCACUUGGCGUUCUUCCCCUCCCUGGGCGUCACCCUAGCGGGACUGACCCCCAACAUGCUCGGUCACAGCGGCCACAGUCUCCCACCCGCGUCCGCCGUCCAUCCCACCGGACCCGUGCAUCACUAUGGACAGGGAUAUCACCCUUACACGGUCCCCGUGCCUUCUCACCACCCCCCAUCUGCACCUGUACCCCAGACACAUCAUGUACCCGGACAGAUGCUAACGUCAGGGUACCGUGGUCCACCCUACCACCCCUGGGGAGACCCCACACACCAGCCACCCGGGUGUGGGGCACCCGGCUCGCCCCAGGAACCACUGAGACACAACCCAGGACUUCUCAAUGUAGGGGUGCACUGACAUUACGAUAUUUGAACGCUUAGAACUGUAAAAGAUCAUAAUGAUUUUAUCAAGAACUGUCGAGAAGGUUACUAGUAUUGAUUUUAUGAAGAUGUAUAUUUAGCCCUUUUCUCAUGAGUUAUUAUGACGAAAGCCAAUAACUUUCUCUGUACAUGUAUAUAUGACGAUAGCUUUCUCCAUACAUGUACUAUAUUAACUUGUUCUUACAUGUACAUCAUCAUACUAGUACAUGUACUAAGUUUAAUGUUGAUGACCUAUGACGAAAGAAGCAUUGUUUAAUACUUGUACUAGUUUUCGACUGUCCGAGUUUUCGACAAUCAUAUGCUAUGUUGGAAUGUAAUAAAAGAAAGAGAUGUAUUUUUAUAUAACGUUACAUGUAUAUAUGAUGCAUAUCUGUAGAAUAAAUAGUGGUAUCGACAUA